UUGAUCGCGGGCUUAUGUUGCUGACCGACCAAAUCAGAUGAGACAACAUGGUUUCCACGGAUAGAAUAAGUUCUGGCAGCGUCUUGCAAUAAUGAAUGCCAUGGUACCUUUUGAAUAUGAUCGACCAACUUUUCUACAUGACAAGGAGUAUUGUAAGCAUUCAAGUCUCUUCACCGCAAUAGAUCAGAAAAGUGUGUACAAGUGUAUGCAGUCGAGGAGGUAGUCAUGGAUAAGUGGAAGUGUGAAGCGUGUAACAUGAAGUUUGAGUCGCAGGCGUUAUAUCACACACACAAAAUGAAAUUCUGUGUGAUGAAACUGCCAAGAUCAAGAGAUAGAUCUAACCCAGCAAGGCAGACUCCUUUUUCAUGUAAUCAGACGUUACUGUCACACAAGCAAAGAUCACCAAGAUCUUCUCCUGCUGAAGAUCAAAGAAUAAGUGCUCUGGAGAAAGAAAAGAUUCAAGAGUUAAAAGCUCUCAAAUCAAGCAUGUCUUUGGAAAGAGCUGCAAGCUAUGGCCAGAGAUACUGUCCUGAGAUCCCCUCUCCACCAUAUCAAGAGCUUGCGUACAGGACCAGUAGACAGUCCAGGGAGUCCUCCCCUAGUGGUGGCCGAGGGGUGUUUGAGGACAAGCUGGGCCAGCUGCAAAGGAAUCACAAGGAACAGCUGGAGCAACUCAAAGAACAAAAUAAGAGACUACUCCUGGAAAAGCAGGGAAUUCAGCAAAGGAUGAAAACAUUAGGUCUAAAGAGUAGAGAGAAAAUGGUUUCACAAGCUAGUGUGCAGGACAGGCAAGCUGCAGAACUAGAGGGACUCAAGACAUUUCUGGGCUACAAGAAAAAUGAACUAAGCGCUAAUUAUGAGGUUGAAAUGUCCAAGUCAAAUGAUGUACUAAAGUUGCAAAAUACUGAGAGUAAAUCCCCAGUCCUGGGUUCUCCCUCAGGCAUAAGGGUGCCAUCUCUUCAGAAAAACCCCAGCACUGAGAUUGUGCCCUUCAACCCAAGCAAGGAAUCUCUUCCCAUGGCUCAAGUGUAUCAUUCAACCUUUGGAAUUCCCUCACAGCAUCACCUAGCCUUCCAGAGUAGUCAGACAGAUGUACUUACUGAACUCAAUGCAUUAAGAGCAUCCUAUCUUCAUGCUGGGGGGAAUGACCCAGUCCUACUCUCACAGAUCCAGAGACUUGAGAUGGAAGCACAGCAGGUCAGGGCAACACAAAGGCCAGCAGCAAUGGACCCUGUUCUUCAGCAGCAAAUAAUGGCAUACCAUCUUGCCAAUCAGAGGCUAGAGCAGGAACUCCAGAUGAUCAGGUCUGAAAGACAAGGUCAAACUACCCAUUCAAAGUCUCCAGACCUGAGUCCUGAGUUCCGCCAGCUGAAGGCAGAGCAUCUAGAAAAGAUGACAGCACUUCGACAUGAGAGUGAGCUUCUUAAGCAGAUGACUGAGAUUGAGCGCAUGAAGAGAGAGUUGCAGCAGAUGAGAGACGAUAAGGCGGACACUGAAAAACAGAAUUAUGAGACUCCCUUCAUGAUGACUACAAGUGGAAUGGAAAAGAAUUUACUCCCCAGUCCAUACGACCCAAGUGCUGGUUUCUCUGUGUUCUGGGACUUCAUCCUUGGCUUGUCAUCAACACACACCAAGUGCCGUCUUGCAGUCGGAAUAUACAAUGGCACAGAUUUGAUAUCGGAUGUCAAGGUGCUGCCUACGACAUCAGUCACCCAGCUUACAACUCAGCAGCACCCAUCUGUACCAGCUGGAGGGGUUGCUGUACUUGGUGCAACCCACCCCUUCCCCAAAUGUGCCCCACUCCCCACUUUAAGUGUAGUGGUAGAACUACAGGCCAACAAUACCACAGACCCUGAGGACUCUGGCAAGCUGUUCUCACGUGGCUGGGCCAAGAUGAACCUAUUUGAUGCCAGUGAUAGGCUGAUCAGCGGCAGGUGGAAAAUCCCAUUUCGUGUCCCGCCAAUAAAAACAUACUUAAACACCUACGAGUUGAACAGGAUUCCACAGGCUGGCGCAUCUGAGCUCUUUAUCCGAUUAGUGAAUGCGCGUGACAUCAGAGCUGAAGAAGCCCUGACUCCUGAACCGGUUCAGCAAUACUUGUAUAAGUUUCCUCCAAUGGAGAACCCUGUAGCUUAUAACACCUUCGCUGGUAACAGACUACAGCCACCGCUGACUGCUGCGACAACCAUCCAUCCACCGGUACCUCCCCCCUCAGUUCCUCCCCCACCGGACACGCCAGGGGCGGAGUCACUUGCCUCAGUACGCAGUGCCACACCCGGGGACCCGUCACUGCUGGGAUUCCAGGUGGACCAGUUGUACGAUGCGAUAGGUGGAGAGGCGAGGAUCAAGAUAACGGCGUACAACCAGCACAGCGGAGAGGUCUUGCAUGCGCUAGGUGACACCCCCGUGACGUGUGUGACCAAGGAGGCGCGUCAAGACUUUCUCCAUGGAAUCUGUUCGUUUGGUCUUCAGGAGGCCGUCUAUCGCCAUGUACAAUGGAACGCCUUCUCUGUCGUUGUGCUGCGAGUCUAUCUCCGACAGUCCAACAACAGCAAAAGAUCUCCGACAAAAGCUCUAGACGAAGCCAACCUUGUGGCCUGGACACUAGUCCCUCUUGCCUCUCCUCCCCUUCCAUCGAGCCGUCACUCACGAGGGCGUAGCGGUGGAUCAGGAUCAGAAGCUCGUCUUAACGUCGGAAGCUUUAAGCUGCCGCUCUACUUCCCUCCCGUGCCGGAGGUGCAAAGCCUUCCUGUGCAGUCGACAGAUGUCCCGGACAGUUGGGUUCGUUAUGGCGCGGCUUCCGUGCGUUUCACCAUAUUCUCGGGAGUAAGCCCGCCCCCCGACAGACCGCUGACACCUGCUGAAUACACAGAUGAAAAUGACCCACCCCCGGGCGCGUGGAUAAAAUAUGGGCGUCCCUCGCUGCCUAGCCAACCAUUCGAGGCUGGAAACGGAUUCGACUUGUAUAUCGACGGCGCUCGCUUUCUCCCGGACAGCGUGACAUUUACUAAGGUGACAGGUCGUGUUCUUGAUCGCAAUUAUGAGAAGAUUGGUCCGGAUAUUGAGGUACAGGCCAAACUAAGUUCUGAUGUAUUCAACCCGGAGUACGACUGUCGCCUGGAGUUUAGAGAACCCGUCUUACCCGCGACGAGUACACUCAUGGUCAAGAUGUACACUGUUGAUCGCGUCACCAAAAAGUUGUCGUGUGUUGGGUAUUCUGUGUUACCAGUUUUCCUGCAAAUCGGGACUACAAAACAACCCGUUGCUGAUACCGGUGAUAACAAGGUCGCUCUGAACGACGGUGCUCAUCAGAUCCGUAUUUACAACGGCACCCCCAACCUGAGUCAACCCAUGAGUGAGGACAUCAUCAACCAACUCACGCCCAUUCCAUGUGCAAGUCUGCUUGUGAGGAUACUACGCGCAGCGUGUCACCCGAACGGAAAACCCAAAGAGGCCUCGCAGUUCAAGGAAAGUGCCUGGGAAAAAGAAGGGCUACUCGAUAAGAAACACAAUUACAGCGAAGGCUGUUACUACUCGCUCCUGUGUGAACCCGGCCUGGGCGAGAGUCAAGUCCUGCACAGCAUGUUUAAGCGGCAGCCAAUCAGCGCACGAGAAUCCGUGAAGUUGAUCGACCCUGAACAGAGCUCGAAGAAAGACCAAGUCAUUUCUAGCUGGAUCAAGACACAGCUAACGCGACAUAUUGACAGCGCGCCGGGAAACUUCAAUCCCAACUUCGUGGCGUUGUACCAUCCCCUUCACGGUCUGGCGGUCUCUAUCGACGCAGCCCAGAAUCUACCAUGGUCACAUGUCACGCUUGCUUCCUAUUGCUUCUCUCCGCCCGCUGCUUUUUAUAAGGGAGAUCGACAGGAUGUUCUUGGUUACUCUGCCAAGCUCCAGUCUUCAAGCGACAUUAAUUCACCUCAAUGGAAAAGCGGGAUCAAGGUAUUCCGUCGCCGCUCCUACCACCGGUUCUUGACCCUCAUCAUCCACGUGCAUGAGCUCACCCUUGACAUAUCAGGCAGCCAAGAGACCUGGGCCCUCAAGGGACAGGCCUGGACACCGCUGCAGGUUUUCCAUGAGGGCUACGUGCUUGGCGGCUGUUAUCAGCUACCGCUGUACAGUGGUGAGCCCACUGAGGCGGUGCUCAGCGCCCUUGAGACGGAUAACUGUGAAGACAUCAUGGCCUCUUUCCUUCGCAAGAAAACGGUGACGUACAUAGAAGGAGCAUCCGUCUUCGUGCGCAUGUCAGACGCGCGUAGAAUCGAUGAACUUCCGCAACCCAAGACUAGACCCAGACAGUACCAUCUUCCGCAAGACAAGCUACAGAGAUAUAUCACAACCGUCCCGUCCCAGCCCCUCUCGGCGAUCUUGCCACAGGGACUCAGUGAAGACUUAACAGACGUCUUUCAAGAGCUUUUACUCCAAGUAUUCAGUAAAUACCAGAAAUCAAACAGCGCUCAAAAGACCAAGUAACGAACUGUCUUAAGAAGACGAGGCGUGCUGAGGAAUAGCCGGUGAUAUGGCUACCCGGCUAGGGGUUACGUAGCCUCCUGUGAUGCCUCCCUUUAAAUCUCUCCCCACUUUACACUGUCACCAAAGACAGCUGCGCAGGAAACUUGGUCCACGCGCCUCUAUCAUGUUUAUAUCACGCGCAAAUACCGUGUACAAAUGUAAUUACCGUGACUCGGCGAGUAUGACAGGUUCAUGGAUCUCGCGCCUCUAUCAUGUUUAUAUCACGCGCAAAUACCGUGUACAAAUGUAAUUACCGUGAUUCGGCGAGUAUGACAGCAGGCCCAAGGGUCACGCGCCUCUAUCAUGUUUAUAUCACGUGCAAAUACCGUGUACAAAUGUAAUUACCGUGACUCGGCGAGUAUGACAGCAGGCUCAUGGGUCACGCGCCUCUAUCAUGUUUAUAUCACGCGCAAAUACCGUGUACAAAUGUAAUUACCGUGACUCGGCGAGUAUGACAGCAGGCUCAUGGGUCACGCGCCUCUAUCAUGUUUAUAUCACGCGCAAAUACCGUGUACAAAUGUAAUUACCGUGAUUCGGCGAGUAUGACAGCAGGCUCAUGGAUCACGCGCCUCUAUCAUGUUUAUAUCACGCGCAAAUACCGUGUACAAAUGUAAUUACCGUGAUUCGGCGAGUAUGACAGCAGGCUCAUGGAUCACGCGCCUCUAUCAUGUUUAUAUCACGUGCAAAUACCGUGUACAAAUGUAAUUACCGUGAUUCGGCGAGUAUGACAGCAGGCUCAUGGAUCACGCGCCUCUAUCAUGUUUAUAUCACGCGCAAAUACCGUGUACAAAUGUAAUUACCGUGAUUCGGCGAGUACGACGGCAGGCUCAUGGAUCACGCGCCUCUAUCAUGUUUAUAUAAGUUUCCUUGCGAAUAAACCGCUUUUUCUUUUUUCAAUUAUAAACACUAAUAAAAGAGUGGUUGAUCUACAUUCUCUAAGGGCACCCUGCAGGGUACCAAUCUAUUUAAAGAGAAUGCUGGUCAGCAAAUGUCGUCGUGUGAGAGACAACAUGAUGCUAUUUUCCGAUAGUGGACGCUUUUGCGCAAGCGCUCGUCCCAGUCGAGUCACACUCAGGAUGCAUCAGACUUGUGCCCUAAUUUGGACAUCACAAUAGCAGAUUGUUUUGGAUCACGGCUACAAAAACAAGCUGGUAUGUCAUGGGUACUACAACAAAGUUAAUUUAUGAUGUUUGAGUCUGUAAAAUUUAUCUCUGCAAAAUUAAUAAAACGAUGCUAAAGUUUAUCUUA